CCAAACGUCACAGUUUCACCAGAAGUAAUAACCGUCGUCGAAGGGAGCAACUUGAAUUUGACAUGUGCUGCGUCUGGCAAACCAAACCCCAGCAUAAAAUGGAUUAAGGUUGGCAGUUCUGACUUUCUAUCUAAUGCCUCACUGCUCACUGUUGUGAAUGUAACCAGACCUAGGACAGCAAACAGCAGAAUCCAGUAUCAGUGUAUAGCUGGUAAUGGAGUGGAGACACCUGCUAUAGCUACAGCCAACAUCAUGGUGAACUGUAAGUAUGUAGGUAAAAUAGUUAUACACUGUGCAUUACUAUUUGACGUUGAAUACUUUUUCCCAUUUUUGAUGUCUUCUCAGUUCAGAGUUUUUUUUAGUUAAUCAACUGUCUGAUUGUUUUUUUGUUACAAUUUGGCAAAGGUUUCUUAUCAGUUCUCGAAAUAAUUUAUGAUCCCGCUCAUGAUCACGAAGACGACUUGAUAAUGAUGUUUCGAUUCGCUCUCACAAAGGGCUAUAACUCGAAAUGUCAACAUUAGAAUCUGUUUACUGUGGCUAUGUUACAUCAUCAAGUCAGUCGCUGAAACCAUAUUAUCUUAGAUUGCUUUUAUCUGCUUGUCCAGUUUUUUUUAUAACGGAGCUCACAGCGCAGCCCCAUUAUUAUACGAAAUAGUAUUAACCCAUCAAGCCGAAAAAAAUUGAAGUUACAGCCGUAACUGUUUCGCAGGCACUAUCUUAGCCAUUACGUAAUGGAAGGGGGAGGGAGAAGGUAAUGCGCAGGCGCAAUUGCGUACGUUACUUGGAUAUCCCGUUAGUGUACGCCAAGAGACACCGGCAGAUGACAAUGAAGUGCGCAUAUUCGAGUGCCGACCGUUAGUGCUGUGAAUCGCGGGCACAUGGUUAGAAAUUACACGAGGGUUUCACAUGGGCCAGUAGAUGUGAAACCGUGUAAGCAAAUAGUUUGCAAACCGCGUUUUGAGCGCGAAAUCAAACUGGUUAGGUUGUAGUUGAACAAUAAUUCUCAUUAUUUGCAAGUUCUAAUCAACUUGCAAAGCAACAAUAGCGGCAGAGCUAAACCUUCGUCAAUCUGAGGAAAUUGUUAUGAUUCAAGCUCGUGGAGAGAGGUUUUCGAAUGAAGAUAGGCUGGAAAGAAAGAGGCAGAGCGACCAAACAAAGUAAGAAGUAAAACGCGUAAAGCGAGUCGAGAAAAACGCGUAAGAAAGUUAGAAAAGACGCCAAAAUAGGCAGAAUAAGGCGAGAGGAAAGCGAAAGAGAACAAGAAAAGGCAUCAGUAAAUAUCUAGCGAAGAGCGAAUAUCUAGCGAAAAGUAACGCGUGAAGGAAAUACAAAGACGCUCCUGUAUCAGUCUCGUGAUUUUAUUCCUUUUUUUAGAUGCUCCUGGUGGCACAAAACUCAUUUCAGUUCCCAAGAACACCACAGUGCUUCGCCAAAGUCUCCUUACUUUAACUUGCCAAACGGAUGGUAGUCCUGAAGCUAAAUUUCAUUUAUAUUUUAAUGGUCGCCUCAUAAAGACCAGCGGCUCAGGGAUAUUUCAUGUUUCAGUGAUGUCUGAUGGUUCCUACACGUGUGUUCCUUUCAACAAAGUUGGCGUAGGAGAGAAUGCUAGUGUCAUUGUCGCAGCUGUUGGUAAGUUUACUUCGAUACAUCUCUGCGUAAAGAGAGACAUAGCAUUGUUACUUUGUAACGCACAGUGCUAAAAUCGUCUUCUGAUACUUUCGUUGAGGAAUUAAUUUUCCCCCAGCCUGUAGUGCAAGCGUCUUGCAAGUGUGACAUAACGUGAAAAAGCUCACGAUCGAUCACGAAAGAAGUGUAGAGACGUAGUCGAGUGUUUCCUCCCACUUCUUAAGGGCUUUAACCGCUUCCUAAGUGCCUUACAAUAGAGCAGAGCACAAUCAAGGCUUCUCCAUUUGUUUUAUAAUAAAGAAUCCGUUGAAUUCCCCACACAUUACUUUCAAUUCCCAACAGAAACUUUAUUUCCAAAGAGAAAAAGUGUGGUCAGGAUGCGCUAUACUCUCAUAAAGCACGCUACAAUAAGCCAAUCAGAAUCCCUGUUAGAACGGUUAAAAUAAUCUGAUUGGCUGUACAAGACAACAGCUGUCAAAAAUGUCAAACCAUCAAAGUUUAAAAACCGUCAAAGUUCACAAUCUGCGAUUACAAACUGAAAUGGUGCAGCAGGUCGAAUAUUUAAUUUAACACUGUUACGAUGAACAUAAGGAUAACGAGCGUAAACACAACUCAACAACUUUAAUGGCGGCUCACCUAAAGACCACGAGUUCUGAUCACAUAACAAUAGGUCACGUGAUACAAAAGUACAUGUUAAUUUAUGCAGUAUCACAACGUCUUUCCUUUUGUAUAGAAAGUGUCUGAAAUGAGUUCUUGCAAACUGCUACUGAGUUCCUCAGCGAAAAAAAAACAAUAACAAAAACAGUAACAGUUUUUAAAAAUAGAGCUUCCAAAAAGCAUUAAGUGUUAGUGGCAAACGUUCGGAAAAGUGCCGGUCGUUUGACAAUUGGACCACUCGUUGUAACAGUUGGAGGGGGCGCAAGUCCUACAUGUUCAGCAGCAGGUUUCACAACAGGUGAGGGUCCGCUUGAAGCACUGAUUGCAGGGGCUCAGCUGCUGCUUUUGCAACUAUGUGGAAAUCUGACUGCGGCACUGAUCGCAGAGGCUCACAUGCUUGUUUCGCAACAGGCGGAGAAUCAGAUAGUGGCACCAUUUGCAGCUGUCGGUAAUUUCGAGGUUCGACCACCCGACACAACCACAUAGGAACGUGGGCCAAACGUUUUCUUGCAAACAGCUUCCGUCCAGGUAGACUCGAAUUUAACGACUCGUCGGGCCUCUUCAUAUUGACAAUCUGUCAACUCAAGUAGUGCUUUACCUUUCAGGAUGUAGUAGUAAGCCUGUUUUUGCUGAGAGUUAAUCAGCUUUUCUUACACAUCCUGUGGGGGAUCUCACUUAGGCUCUAGUUUUUUACUUGACAAGGGUAACGAAUUGCGUGUUCUCCUGCUGAACAGCCUUUGCGCUGGGAUAAACCAAUUUCCGUAGGCGUGUUACGAUAGCCGAGGAGGGCAAGAUAUGGGUCAAAAUUUCCAUGCAUUGCCUUUCUCAUGAUGUUUUCACAGAUUUUCAGAGCACUCUACUUUGCGAAUUGCGUGGAGAGGUAGUAAAAUGCUGAAAGUGCCAGUCACAUGCAAACUUUGCAAACUCUGCAGAACCAUAUUGCGGUCCAUUGUCAGAAAUCUCCGGAAUUCCAAGGCCGCUAAACUGCAUUUAAUUUUCAACUUCUCAAUAACAGUUGUAGAAUCUGUCGUGUCGAGCUUAUCCACCUCAGAGAAAGAAGAGUAGUAAUCCACAGUAAUCAGGUAGUGGCAUUGGUCAAGCAAGAACAGAUCAGCAACGAUCUUUUGCCAAGGCCUUGAAGAAAUUCCAUGGGGUAUCAGCGGUUCUCGAGGCUGUGCUAGCUUGUGCCAACUGCAGAUAUUAUAUUUAAUAAUGAAAUAUUUAAACUCAGCUGGAACUUUAUCCAGAAUACUAGACCAACCUUCUAGGACAGUUGAAAUAAGGAUCUGAAGUUUGUCAUCCGAGGCGGUCCCUUCCUUAAAUUCCUUUAAUCGUGUUCGGUCUGUGCGCGAGGCUCGGGACUGGGGAUAACAUAUAACCAUCAAGCUUCCUUUUUUGGUACUUUACAUCAAGGUUGUAACGCUGCAAGCGCAAAAAUAUCCUCUGGAGACUCUUGAGAGCAGAGCUAAGGUCCUUCUUAAAGUUAGCUUCAAGGGGAUGAUGAUCUAUUUUAACACGUACCACAUCUCGACCAUACAGGUACGUAUCGAACCUUUCACAAGCAAAAAUAACGGAGAGAAGUUCCUUCUCAAUCCGAGCGUAGCGACUUUCCGCUGGAGUUAGAACUUUUGAAGCGAAUGCAACGGGCUGACCCUCCUGAGGUAAGGAGGUGCCAAGUCCACUAAGAAACGUGUCACUUUCAAAUGUGACUUCCCGUGUUGAAGUUUUAUUGACAUCAUAAAACUUCAACACAGGAGCUUUACAAACAAGAUUCUUGAUACUUUGGAAAGCUUCAUCAUGAACAGGCAGCUAACACCAUUCAGCAUCCUAAGGGUUCAGUCGCCUUAACGUUUUGCGGACACUGGAAAGGUGUGGUAAGAACUUCGCUAGGUAAGUAACCAUGCCAAGAAAUAUCUUUAAGGAUUUCACAUCUGUUGAAGUAGGUAUGUCACGUAUGGCACGAACUUUGUUUAGGUCAGUCACAACACCACCCGCUGUGAGUAAGUGGCCCAUGAAUGAUACUUGUGAUAAGCGAAGCCUAAUCUUCUGAAGAUUAAGUGUCAGGUUAAACUCACGCCAUCUUUGUAUGAAGGCGGUUAAAUUCUGAUCAUGAUCCUUCGUUGCUUCAUCUACUGUGUCUACAAAUCCACAAACCAAGAAAUCAUCGCCGAUCACCUCAACUCCUUGAAGACCCUCAAUUGCUUCAUGCAUCUUUCGCUGUCAUAUCUCAGGCGCAGAACUUAUGCCGAAUGGCAUCCUCAGCCAACGAAAAAGGCUAAAAGAGGUGUUAAAUGGGGUAAGGUAAGUGGGGUUUUCAGACAGAUUCACCUGCCAGGAGCCGUUUUUAGAAUCUAAAACACUAAGAAACCUUGGCAUUGGUUAGACGAGAGAUGACAUCUUGAACUGACGGUAAGGCGUAGUGAGGGCGUUUAAUGGUAGUGUUCAAAUUUUUGGGAUCCAAACAAUGCAGACUGAUUCAGCUUUCUUGGGAACUGCUAACAGGAAUAAUUAUCUCGUCAGCAAUCAUUUUGUUAAGCUCUGUCUUCAUUGCUUCCUUCUUGGGAGCAGGCACUCUUCGUGGGAACUACACGUAGAACAUCCAUGUUAAACUGAAUGUUGUUUUCCCCAGGUAAUUAUAAACAGCCAAUGCCUUGAAGCACAUUAGUAAAUAAGAAUAAGUACUGGAUCCUUUGUGACAUCCUCAGAAACUACGGACUCUAUCUUUGGAGCUGCGACUACUUUAUUGACAGGGGUAUCAAAACAAGGCACAAAAAUUUUUACAAGACCCAUGCCUUGAGAUGACUUCAAACCAAGCACAAGUAUAACUCCUUGAUCAACAAUAACAGUUAAGUUCAUGCUUGUUACGGUUGUCCUACUUUCAACCUUGCAGAACCAAGAGCCUUUCGCUUCGAAGGAUCGUGCAUAACCAGUGUGAUUUCCUUCGGAACAAUGUUGGCUUUAGUGUAAUCUUUCGUUGCCUUGAUGUAAUCCUGCAGUGGCAGAAUAUGUGCAGAGGAACCAGUGUCAAUUUUAAAUGACACUGAUGCUGAAUCAUUCGAAAUGAGCGAAACAAGAGCUUCAUCUUUACAACUAAUACUAUGGAUAUAAAAGACUUCUUGUUCGAGUAUGUGGACCUUUGUAUCUUCAGACUUGCUUCGACACGACUGCAAAAUGGCCUUUGCCACAUUUCUUACCAUUCCAACCUGAAGCUGGACACAAUUACCUUUCCAGUACGCGUGUGCCACUUCUGCUGAGAUCUGUUUCGCUCGCGAGUGAGCAACUUCAUUUCCCUUGAUAGUUGCGAUCGCUAUAUCCAGGUUAAGGUUUCAUUUUCCGAAGCUUUUCACAAACUCUGUCAUUCACGCAGCGCGCCAAAGACGCACGAUUGUGAGAGCUUCAUCAAUGCAGUGACGUACCUAUCGAGCGAUUCAUUUGACAACUGCUCACAUUUGAAUAAGAAAGACAGGAACACAGCGGCAUAGAAGUUUUUGCAGUAGUACUGACAGCAGCCAUGAUACUUCUCAUGCAACGUGCAACGAUCCAAACAUAUUUUGAACGCAAACUAUAGACUUAAGUGAGCCUACCAAUCACGGACGAAGGAUUGGAAUUGGAUACUUCGAAGCUAAGAAGUAAUCCUCGACAAUUUGGUCUAAAUCCUACUCCUGACACCGUGUCACGAUUAACGUAAGGACACCGAGCGUAAACACAACUCAGCAACUUUAGGGUGGCUCACCGAAAGACCACGAGGACUAACUACAUAAUAGUAGGUCACGUGAUUCAGAAAUGCAUGCUAAUUUAUGCAGUAUCACAACAAACAGUUUUUCCUGAAGUUUUUUUUAGUCUCUAAUACGGAGUCUGAAAGUGAAAUGUUCGGUGAGAUCCGGUCGAAUUGUGCCUCCCAUGUUUUUUUCACAUGACAAUUGAAAAACAAAUUGUUUAAGGCGAGCGUUUCAUGAAUGAACGACAGCCGAAAUUUACCGGAACAUGAAGAUUGCUCGGGAUGACAGUACUGUAAAACUCGGCUGCAGUGACUGAUGUGGCCUUCCACUCAAGGCAUCCGAAAGGACAUCAGAGCGAGCUAUUUGUUGUUCAUUCGAAGGGCGGCCGAUUUAAUUUCUGAGGCUUUCUUCACUGCAAUGACCGGAGAUCGCCAUGAUGAGCGAGCCAGCCGCGAUGGACCUUAACAUGAUUGUGGUCGCUCUGAAACCGUCAUGACUAGUAUAAAUUUUAACAGUUAUGCCCAUUUGGCCAUAUUUUUCAUCAUUUCUGGUUUGUUCUGUUUUGUUUUUGAACACGAAAUCUUGGAUACUAUACGAGUGUUAGCUGUAUUUGAUUUUUAUUACCGUACAUAAGCUUGCAAUCUAACCGAGCGUGAAAACGUUCAAAACUCGGACUGUCCAUUUCGUUCACUCCUUGAGGACUUUCGUCUCUGCUCACGUUAUAAUAACGUAAAUUACGGCGCCUGGUAUGUUUACAAACCUUUGUUUGGUUCUUGUGUUGCUACUUGUCGGCUCGCUUGUUCCGAAAUCUCACUUUCAAUUAACGAAAUACAGCUAAAGAAAAGUCCCGGAAAAGGUCGGACAUAGCACAAUUUGGCAGAUGGCGUGACAGCUUUGGUUCAAUUCGAUGCUCUAUGCUGUAUACUCUCAUAGAGCACGCUCUUUCAACCUUUGAUGGCGUGCGUUAUAUCCGAACUUUAUUAUAACUGCUUUUAUUUGAUUUGAUGUCCUUUUAUAAUAAUUAGUUGUUGGUUCGUAGAUAGAGGCGGUGCUGUGGAGGGAGCGGGGGAAGUUCACUCCCUUGAUACAAAUUUCUUUCUCUCCCAAGGCUUCCGCUGCCAUUCUUAUCAAAGAUGACGGCCAUAAUCUUCGCUAAGAAAAUACUGAGCACUCAUUCGCCAAAAUUACGUAUGCUCAUUCUAAUGGAAAUGGUGAGAUGUUUCAUAUCUUAUUAGAUGUUUUUCAACGCAUUUAAGAGUAUUAUCUUGUUAGGCCACGAAAAUUGGCUCGUUACCACAGAGUUACCAGUGCUCAAAUUCUAUAUGCUUUUGGCAUAGCAUUGCAAUUUCCAACAUAGUGCUUUACUAUUUCACAGGAAAAUGUAGGCCUCUUGAUACGGUCAUAAGUAGUAUGAUAGUUAUAUUUUCUAACAUAAAAUCGUAAUGUUACCGGUAUUGAUCUGAAAGUUUUUCUUUUAUCAGAUGCUCCACACGUCAUAGUUUCACCAAAAGUAAAAACCGUCGUCGAAGGGAGCAACUUGAAUUUAACAUGUUCUGCGUCUGGCAAACCAAAUCCCAGCAUAAAAUGGAUUAAGGUUGGCAGUUUUGACUUUCUAUCUAAUGCCUCGCUGCUCGCUGUCGUAAAUGUAACCAGACCUAGGACAGCAAACAGCAGAAUCCAGUAUCAGUGCAUGGCUAGUAAUGGAGUGGAGACACCUGUUACAGCUACAGCCAGCAUCAUAGUGAACUGUAAGUAUGUA